UGGAAUUUCCCAGCAGGCCACCGAAUUGCCUAACUCUCGAAUGCAAAUCAACAGAAAUCGAAGUACUUUCUCGUAAUUCAAUAUUUCCCUAUUUAGCUCACCAACACCCAAAACUUAAACUUAAACCCCCUUUUUAUUAAUAUUAUUAUUUUUUUCUAAGAUUUUUUAGGAAAGAAAAAGAAUCGUUCAAUUUCGCCGUGACUCUGUUUCUGUUAAUUUCUUAGAUUAGAUUAGAUUAGUUUUUGUGUAUGUGAAAGUGAAUGGAAUCAUUUUGUGUGAUCUCCAUAAGAUAAUUAAACGACUUAGUUUUCUUUCAUUCUCGAUCUCUCUCAGUCUGCUUCUGUAAUCCUAGCGUCUCCAUGGCUGCACCUUUCUUCUCUACUCCGUUUCAACCUUACGUUUAUCAGAAUCAUCAAGAUGCUGUGAUACCGUUCCAGAUUUUUGGGGGUGAAGCUCAAGUAGUUCAGAUUAUGUUGAAGCCACAAGAAAAAGUUAUUGCAAAACCAGGCUCCAUGUGCUUUAUGUCUGGGUCAAUUGAAAUGGAGAAUGUUUUUAUCCAUGAAAAUGAAGUAGGUGUCUGGCAGUGGUUUUUUGGCAAGGCUGUUACCAGUGUAGUCUUCCACAAUCCUGGUCCAAGUGAUGGAUUUGUUGGAAUUGCUGCACCUUCUCUUGGAAGAAUCCUCCCGAUUGACUUGGCAAAGUUUGGAGGAGAGAUUUUAUGCCAGCCAGAUGCAUUCCUUUGUUCCGUCAGUGAUGUGAAGGUCAGCAAUACAGUAGAUCAGAGGGCACGUAAUGUCAUGCCUAGUAUAGAGGGAUUUUUAAGGCAGAAACUAACUGGACAGGGACUUGCAUUUAUUCUUGCUGGAGGAUCUGUUGCACAGAAAGUUCUUGAGGUGGGUGAGGUAUUAGCUGUUGAUGUGUCUUGCAUUGCCGCCCUUAAUACCACUGUCAAUGUUCAAAUCAAGUACAAUGGGCCCGUGAGACGGGCAGUCUUUGGGGGUGACAAUUUAGUAACAGCCACUCUAACAGGACCAGGCAUCGUCUUUAUCCAAAGUUUGCCCUUCCGACGGUUUUCCCAGCGCAUUGCUAGGGCAGUGACAUCCCCAAACAUGAGAGAUACUCCAAAGUUCUUUGUGCAGAUUGCGAUUUUCUUCUUUCUGGCGUAUGUUGUGAUUGUAUCUUCGUUAAUCUUGACCGAUUUUAUUUAAUUUGAAUAUAAUCAGAUCAAUACAAACAAGGGGUUUGAAUGGGUCU